AAAGAUUGUCCGUCCCCUUUGGCUUUUUCUUAUCUCUCUGAUCGUGGAAAUUUCAGAUAUAACUAGAGAACAAAAUCAAAGUGACCCUCUUCUCUCUGUCGACUGAUUGAAUGAGAAACCCUCCUCCGUCUCUGCUCUCCCUCACCGUCAACUCCGCCGUCUUAAACCUCUCUCGCAUCAACGAUCUCUCUCAUCUCCCCGAUCACAUCGUCCUCCAGAUCUUCGCGAGGACAUUAGAAGCAGGGAAAUUGAAUGAGAGAAUUCUAAGACUGUUUUUGGCGUCUGGAAACGAAGAAGUUCUAUCUGCUAUCGACGCUCUUAAAAUCAAAUUCGACAUCACUCCCAUUAUUCCUACUCGAUGUCAUGAGGGAUUUAGAAUGAAUAUGCUGGACUAGACACUAAGUUUGAUGGGAGCUCGGGCCAGUGUGUUCAAAGGUCCGUUCCUAAUUUCAUCUCACGGAUGAUUUUUAAGGCAGAAACAACGAUUUGAUCGACUGAAGAUACAUUGCCAGAUGGAAAGUUUUCUUUUUUCUUCUUCUUCUUUUGUGUAAAUAUUAGCGGAAUGAGGUCAAAUUAUAUAAGCUUCUUUUUUUUAUUCCCGUUCCUUUUUAGUUUGUAUGCAAUCAUUGAAGCUCCUUGUUUGCUGCAGAGUUUUGUUUUAAGUUUCUAUCCUCUAUUGUUUGGUUAUCUGACUUUCCAGUUCCAUGUUAUUAUUCAAGUUCCA